AUGAAAUAUCUCCAACAGGUUAAGAAACUGUUGGCUGAGUUCGAAGAGGCGGUGAUCCACUACAUACCCCGAAAUGAGAAUAGUAGGGCGGACAUCCUGUCAAAGCUCGCCAGUUCGAAGGGAGCAGGAAAUCAUCGAACGGUGAUACAACAGACCAUCCCAGAGCUGACUUGCGUGAUGGUCAUAACUGAGAGUGAGGACUGGAGAAGGCCAAUAGUGGUCUACCUCGAGAAAGGAAUUCUUCCUGACGAGGUCCAGGAAGCCAGAAAACUCGUGAGGAACUCGGCUUGUUACACCAUAGUAGAAGGGAAGCUCUAA